AUGCCCUGGCGUUCAUCCAUCACCAAUGUCCGACAGAAUAUACACUGGCAGGCUGUCGUAGAUGGAUACACCAAGAUCCUCCAGGCCUUUGCACAGGAUGAAACUGCAAAGCGUACUCCAAGCCCAGAUGUGAUUACUGUGGCUGAUAUGGCGAUGAAAGAACUCAAACGGGUGGAGAACGGGAGUUCACGUUUUGUCACAUAUAUGUAUCCUUUUGCGAGUGAGCAUCGCAUGAGAUUGUUGGCGGAAAUGCAGUGUCUUUCACUGCUAUUUGAUGAAUCAUGGGAACAUCAUGAACAUGACCAUAAUCAAACCUUCUUCCUCUCCCUGAUGCCGCCAAUUAAUAACAAAGACCUUCACCCCAAAACCCCACUCCAAGAAGCCGUCUGGAAGUCAAUUGAGGCAAUCUAUGAAGAGGAUGAACACGCUGGUGGUAAUGGUGGCACAGGGCUCGUCGAGUUCCUAACUAAUUAUAUCAAACACCCAACCCCGGUCAAAGAGAUGAAAACUUUCACCGACUUUAUGGAUUAUCGCUUCAAUGACGGAGGCAUGAUGGUAUGCUGGAACUCAGCCAAAUUCUCAAUCGGUUCGAAUCUCAGUCUCCAAGAGCCAAAAAUGGCCCGUAUCGUCCGCCUAUUCUCAGACCAGAUGCUAGAAUCUAACGAUAUCGCCUCGUUUGAUAAAGAGAAAAAGCACUGGCUGUCUGGAAAUGCUAAGCAAUUCCUGACAACCAACGGGACCGCCAUUAUCCGAGAUCUCUUCUCUUUGAAAAGCGACGAAGCAGCGAAAGCGCUUGCAUAUGCAAACCAAAUGGAAACAGAACGCCAAAUGGACCGAGAAUUAGGGGAUUUACUCUCCACGGGCCAAUUAUCGACCGAUGAGUGGCAUCUGGUCAAUGCGAUGCUAUACUGUGUUACGGGGAAUCUUAUUUCAGCUGUUACGAUGUGUCGGUAUGGGGGUGAGGCUGCUAGAAUCCCAACUACAAAGAAAAGGCCGGAUGCGAAUGGAUUGAGUGGAGGUAUGUGGCCGAUGAUCUUGUUGUUUUCGGCUGCGGUUGCUUUGACUUCGCAGUGGUAUUCGGUAUCAAUCUCUCCCCUUUAUCCUCUGAUUAACAGGUCUAUUAUGCAAUAA